AUGGAUGACGACCUGUACGACGAGUUUGGCAACUUCAUUGGCGAAGAGGUCGAGGCCUCGGAGGAGGAAUCCGAACAUGGCGUGGAUGUGGGCAACUAUGCCUACGACGAGUACCCGGAGGCUGCCCCAGAAGCUCCCGUCGUGGAGCAGAUGGAAAUUGAUGACGAAGGGCCCUCGAACGCAGUCAUCCUCCAUGAAGACAAGCAGUACUACCCGACCGCGGCGCAAGUGUACGGGGAGGAGGUCGAGACGCUGGUGCAGGAGGAGGACGCGCAGCCGCUUACACAACCCAUCAUCGCCCCGAUUGAGCAGAAGAAGUUCAGCAUUGAAGAGGCGGACCUGCCACCAGUCUACUUCGACCGCAGCUUCAUGACCGACCUCAUGAACUUCCCCGACCAGAUCCGGAACGUGGCGUUGGCGGGGCAUUUGCAUCACGGCAAGACGGCGUUCAUGGACAUGCUGGUGCUGGAGACGCAUGCCAUCAACGACAGGCUCGAGAGGCGAACAGGAAAGAAGCGCGAUGAGCAGCUCAGGUACACUGAUGUUCACGUCAUUGAGCGGGACCGCGGGCUAUCGAUCAAGGCGGCGCCUAUGAGUUUGGUGCUGCCGGACAGCAAAGGGAAAUCGCACCUCGUCAACGUCAUUGACACACCCGGGCAUGUGGAUUUCGUCGACGAGGUUUCUGCAUCCUUCCGGCUAGUGGACGGCGUAUGUCUGGUGGUGGACGUGGUAGAGGGCGUCCAGGUCAACACGGAGCAGAUCAUCAAGCACGCGGUGCUAGAAGACAUCCCUCUCACCCUAAUCGUUAACAAGAUGGACCGCCUAAUACUCGAGCUCAAACUGCCACCCAACGAUGCUUACUACAAGUUGAAGCACGUCAUCGAGGAAGUCAACACCGUUAUCGAGAACACCAUCCCUGGACGAGGCGCCGAAAGGAGGAUAAGUCCCGAAAAGGGCAAUGUCCUGUUUGCCUGUACCUCGAUGGGUUGGUGCUUCACCUUGGACUCCUUCGCAAAAAUGUACUCCGACAGCUUCGGCGGCGUCAACAUCGACGAAUUUGCUAGGCGGUUGUGGGGCGACGUCUACUUCAAUCCUGGGAGAAGGAGUUUUACGAGGAAGCCUGUUGAGAAGGAAGCCAAGAGGUCUUUCGUCAACUUCAUUAUGGAGCCGAUAUACAAGCUUUACUCCCACACCAUCAGCGAGAGCCCUGAGGAUCUGAAGGGGACAUUGGGGAAGCUCGGGAUCCAACUCAAGCCAUCUCAGUACAAGUCAGAUCCGAAAGUGCUCCUCAAACUGGUGUGCGAGCAAUUUUUCGGGCCAUCAACCGGUUUCGUCGACAUGGUAUGUCGACAUGUUCCUUCGCCAGCAGAGGCUGCCGAGAAAAAAUUGUCACAGUACUACACCGGUCCCCUCGACACCGAGGUAGCCGAGUCGAUGAAGAAGUGCGAUCAAAACGGCCCGCUAGUGAUGUACGUGACCAAGCUCUUCAACACCGUCGACGCAAAGAACUUCUACUCGUUUGGCCGCGUUAUGAGCGGUAUCGCGAGGCCAGGCACAGAAGUCCGCGUUCUAGGUGAGGGGUACUCUAUCGAUGACGAGGAGGACAUGGUCAUGGCCAGGGUUGCCGAUGUCCUUAUCGCCGAAACACGAUACAAUAUCCCGACGGACGGUGUGCCGGCCGGCAACUGGGUUCUUUUAGGAGGCAUUGACAACUCGAUUGUCAAGACGGCCACAGUUGUUGACAAGAAAUUCAAGAACGAGGAGGCCGCCUACAUUUUCAAACCGCUAUCGCACUUCACCGAAUCCGUCCUCAAGGUGGCGGUGGAGCCCAUCAAUCCGUCUGAGCUGCCCAAGAUGCUCGAUGGCAUCAGGAAGAUCAACAAGAGCUAUCCUCUGAUCGCCACGAAGGUGGAGGAGUCUGGAGAGCACGUCAUCCUCGGCACAGGUGAGCUGUACAUGGACUGCGUGCUACACGACCUGCGCCGGCUCUAUGCCGAUAUGGAGGUCAGGGUGUCGGAUCCGGUUGUCCGGUUCUGCGAGACGGUGCAAGACAUGUCUGCCACAAAGUGCUAUGCCGUCACUCCGAACAAGAAAAACACAAUCACCAUGGCGGCGGAACCGCUAGACGACGGCAUCGCGAAGGACAUUGAGUCCCGGGCGGUCAGGAUACGAGACCCCGUGCGUAAGACAGCCAAGUUCUUUGAGGAGAAGUACGGGUGGGACAUGCUUGCCGCGAGGAGCAUCUGGGCGUUCGGUCCCGACGAGAUGGGACCAAACAUUCUGCAGGACGACACAUUACCCACCGAGGUUGACAAGAAGCGGCUAAACACGGUCAAGGAGUCGAUUCGCCAGGGGUUCAGCUGGGCAACCCGGGAAGGCCCCCUCUGCGAAGAACCUAUUCGCAACACCAAGUUCCGACUUAUCGACGUCGCCCUGGCGCAGGAGGCCAUCUUCCGUGGCGGCGGCCAAAUCAUCCCGACCGCCCGCCGUGCGUGUUACUCGUCCUUCCUCAUGGCGUCGCCCCGCCUUAUGGAGCCUAUGUACUCGGUCUCCAUGACGGGGCCGCAGGACGCCGUCACCAUGGUCUACAACAUCCUCGCCCGCCGUCGCGGGCACGUGCUCUCGGACGGUCCCAUCGCGGGCACCCCGCUCUACCGGGUCAAUGGCCUGCUGCCCGUCAUCGACUCGUUUGGGUUCGAGACGGAUCUCAGGAUCAAUACCCCCGGCCAGGCCAUGGUGAGCCUGGUGUUUGACCGGUGGAACAUCGUGCCGGGUGACCCGCUGGACAGGGAGAUGGUCACCAGGCCGCUGCAGAUGGCGAGCCCGCUGGCGACGGCUAGGGACUUUGUUCUCAAGACGAGGAGGAGGAAGGGGCUGAGCGAGGAUGUGACGGUGGCCAAGUUCUUGGAGCCCGAGUUUUACCAGAGCCUGGUCGAGGGAGGCACUCUGGAUGGGGUCUGA